AUGGACAUGAAGAUAAGUCUAUCAUCACGCAGACUUAUGACGGCAAUAAAUCCUCCUCAAGAAGGAGACCCGCCGCUUCAAGAUCAAAUCAAGUAUGAGGCUUUAUACUACAUAAGGCACCAUUUACAUCCAGAUUUAAAAUCUGAAUACUUGAUGGAUGAAAAUCCACAUGAUCUAUGGAAUUCACUCAAAGAGCGAUAUGAACAGCAAAAGGCUGAAAAGCAUGAUGGACUUCUUUUAAAGAAUCAUCACCAGCGCCCUACUGGCACUGCACCUUUACCUGAAGUAAAUUCAAAUAUUCAGAAUACAAAGAGGUUCGACAGCAACAAACGCCAUCCAAAGAACUUCAAAGGCAGGCACAACCACAUAAAGAAGCAAAAAUUCCAUAGAAAUAACAAGGGGAAGAGCAUUUUCAACAACAAAGACAAAUCUGAUAUUUGUCAUAAAUGUGGUUGCUAUAGCCACACAACUAAGAAAUGCCACACCCCAAAACACUUGGUUGAUCUUUACCUAAAGUCCGUUGGACAAAGCCGACCAACUCAAGGCAAAAGAUUUGAAGCUCAUUUCAGUCUUCAACCUGACACCACCAGGACAACAAGUUGUUCCCAAAAUGUUCAUCCAGAACUGAACAACGACAUCACUCUUCAAGAGCAAGAGGACCUUGAGAGCAUGGGCAAUAUGCUAGUGGAAUUUGCUUCCAAUGACUUAUUUGGAGACUUCGAUUAG